CCUGUCGCGUCGCCCCCGCCCGCUCAGUGUGCGUGUGACGCCCGGCUGCGUCGUGUCGUCUCCUCUCGCUCUCGCACCGUCGCUCGCCUCGCCUCUGACCCACGGCGGCCGCCCCCCUCGGCAACUUCGUUCGGCUGCUUACGGAACUGUGACCCCAUGAGGAGACCAAUGGACACGAAAAUGAUGUCGCAGUGGCGUGCAAAUUGGCUUGGGCGAAUAGUCGCCCAAGCACGUCUUAGAAAAUGGCAAUGUCCACUUGUAUGGACGACAUCUUCAUCUUUCGACGGCGUCCACGACGAUAAGCUCCAGGACCUGGUGACCCUAGCGCCGUCCGAGUGGGAAGCAGUGGUGAGAGAACUCACGCGCAUUGCCAUGCUGAUGCACACCAACGGCGACAUGCGGGGACUAGUGCAGUCGUUACGUCGCUGCGAGAAAUUUCUUCAUAGUCCCAGAAGACGUUCAAUGUGCCCGCUGCUGUCGGAGUAUAGAGAAGCCCUGAAGCACGUUGUGGACGUCACGUGCAUCAUGGUUGCGUGCGUGCUUGAGAAGAAGAAUCUGGACCAGGAGCCGGGUGCGGAGACUGUCGCCGAUACUGACACUUGGGGGCCGUCACUCAAGGCAGCCAUGUUAGCGAUGCAGGCUCAGGUCCGCGUUGCUUGCUUUUUGGGUCUUCCUUCGGGUGCAGAGACGGCGCACUCCGGAACGCUGCUGCUGCCGCACGCCUUGGUGCUCGCGUCGCGGGCGAAGGACGCGGCCCCAGAGGAGGGCGAGUGGAAGGCGCUGUACGCCGACCUGCUGCCGCACGACCACCCGCGCAAGCUCACGCUCCUGCGCAACGCGGUGCGCGCGCGCCGCACGCCCUUCACCCUCACCUGCCUGAGCCGCUUCCUCUACAAGCUGGGCGAGAAUGAGGCCUUCGACCUGUGCGCGGACGCGCUAUUGGAGUGGCCGCUGUCGGUACACACCAACGUGUCGUACGUGCUGAUGUUCCUGUCGUGCGCCGCCCCGUGCAAGCUGUCCGGCUGCCUGGCCGAGCAGUGCCUGCUCCGACUGCAGCGCCUCGUGCCGCAGAGCAUGUUCGCGCUUGGCCUCGCCCUCGAGCUGCGCUUGCACACCGAGAGCGGAGCAAAGCACGUGCGUCCGCAGCCCUACGGAGAACUGGAUCACGCGACCGUCGACAAGGCGCAGAAGCUGUACGCCUGGACGCGACCCGGAAGGCCUCGUCUCGCAAGAAGCACUUCGACAGCCGCCAACCUACGGGAGGCACAAGACCCUGAUCGUCACUGAUUGUGCUGCGCAGGCUUUAUGCCGCGUAUUGUAACUCUGCACAACUGCCAUGUGCACGAGUCUCCGCAUUUUGGUUCUUUAGCAAAUAAUUUGGACAGCGUUGUUUGUUUUGCAACGCUGUUUUUAAAUUACUCGCCAGAUCUGGCUAGUCGCUUUUUAUGCCUAAUUUAUCUAUUCUAGUCCUUUUAAUUAACUUUCCAUUUUAUGUGUCAUUUCCGAUUUUUUCCUUCACGUAGGAUGCCUUCUUUCAUUUUAUCUGCCCAGUACUGCUGAUUAAACAAAAGAAAAAAAUGUGCGGUGAAAUGCUACUGCUUUUCAGACACUUCUUAUACUUACAAGCAAUUGUGUAUCUGCUUGCGUCAUCAUGUGUCUCUUAGAUUAAAACUCUUAAACAAAA